CGAUCAAUACAACUCGACUCCCCUUGCAAAAGCUCGAAUAGGGAGGAGAUGCGAGUAUUUCUGACGUAGCUAGUUACAUCUUCCUCGAAAUCACAGCUGAAUAUCAACCUGGAUCAUCGCAAUAUCUCAAGGCAAUCAUGGAUUACACCAACAUCCUCGAGCGCAUCAACACCUCGUCAUGGUCCGCUCAGCAGGAACAAAUUCUCUUGGAACCGUAUACCUACCACUCUCAGAUUCCAGGCAAGGAGAUCCGUUCGAAACUCAUCGAAGCGUUUAAUUUGUGGUUGGACGUACCGGAAGACGAUCUGGAGGUGAUCAAACGGAUCGUGAGAAUGUUACAUAAUGCUAGUCUUCUGAUGGACGACGUAGAAGAUUCUUCAGACCUCCGCCGUGGCAUCCCCGUAGCCCACAAGAUUUACGGCGUACCGCAGACGAUCAAUUCGGCCAACUACGUCUACUUUUUGGCUAUGCAGGAGCUAUAUCGGUUCAGGGCUGGGCGAGUUGGCAAGGCAAAUGCCGGGUCUAGUCUCAACGGUAAAGCGGAGGAGGCAGGAAACGGAGAGAAAGGAAAGGGGAAGGAGCGACAGAGAACGGAGGAGAUGACAGAAGAGGAUCAAGAGAAGGAAUUGGACGAGGUCAUCACUGAGGAACUACUACAACUCCAUCGCGGUCAAGGCUUAGACCUGUUUUGGAGGGAUACCCUGACUUGUCCGACAGAAGAAGAAUACGUGGGGAUGGUCCUAGGCAAAACGGGAGGAUUGUUCAGGAUAGCUGUCAAGUUGAUGAUGGCCCGGAGCGAAUCAUCCGUCGACUACACCCCCGUGGUCAACCUCAUUUCCCUCCUAUUCCAGAUAAGAGACGACUAUCAGAACCUUCAAUCGACCGAGUACGGAGAGAAUAAAGGAUUCUGCGAGGACCUGACGGAAGGCAAGUUUUCGUUUCCGUUGAUACACGGGGUGAGGAGUGAGAGGGAGGUCGGGAAGCGGGAGAUCUUAAACGUACUCCAGAAGCGCACCACUGACCGGUCCCUCAAGGCGUACACGGUCAAGAUCAUGACCGAACGUACAAAGUCCUUUGAGUAUACGAGAAAGGUAUUGAGGGAGCUCGAGGGGCAGGUACAUGCCGAGAUCGGGAGGUUGGGUGGGAAUAGGGUGCUAGAGGGGAUCGUCAAGGGUCUCAGUCUAGGGGUGGAGAAGGAGGCAGGUGAUGUAUGAUCGUCGCGAGGAGCAUAUGAUAUCGGGUGAGGGAGAGGUACACAUACGCACAUAUAUAAUAGGUCGAGCUCAAGCAUCGCGGCUGUUGUACGCAUUCUACGAGUAAUUUGCAUUCGCAUCGAGGUGUAUUAGUCAUACUGGAAAGUCACGGUCG